CGCAUCUGAGUGAGUGUGUGUGUGUGGAGGGUGGCGGCUCUGAUGUGGCUCCUUCGGUCUCUUUGGCGCUCCUGCUGUUGGCACGUGCUUUUUCCCUUGAACAGGCCCCCUGUACACGCGGGACAGAUUGUAAACACCGGUUUGUGUAUGACAGAGAGUGAGAGAAUUUCCAUAUAGUUAGUGUGAUUUCCUUCCGUGGGUAUUACAUUACAUUAGUUUACCUGACACGCCUCCCAAAGCACCUAUUAGAUCUUACCGCUUGCUUACUACGUAAAGUUGUGGCUACAUCUGGAAUAGACUCUGAAGAAAGUCACUCAAUAUGUAACCAGUGAGGGUUCCUGGGGUUUUCGGCGGGUGGUAUAGUGCUAAAUUGGGCUGCCAUGCAGUCCAAAGGCCUGGAUUUGAAUCCCGUCAGGUCCAACCUCAUACUGCCCUGAUGCACUUCGCAGGCAGCAGGAACUCUGUGGAACACAGGCUGCCUCUGCUAGAGGUCUACUGUCUGUCCAUCACCUGCUUUGCGGCUGCCCGACCGCAUCUGACCACCAACUCAGACAAGGUGGCUCUGGUUCUGAAGAGACUGGCGCUGAGUUGUUUUGAACUGCUGCUCUCAGUGCCUGAGAAUGAAAUCCCUUAUGGCACCUGGGAGCAGUUUCGUUGCUCUGUUCAGGCAGCUCACAGUGCCCUCCUGGAGUACGGGAGUACUGACCUGCAAGCCCUGCUCCAAGCUAUGGGGGAGGGGGGUGCAUGGAGCCACCCUGUCCUGGUGACGCUUCUCACUGGCCAGCAGACUGAUCAAGAAGAAGUUGACAGGUAUCUUGCCCUAGAGGGCGAUGGCUUCAUGGAGAUGCGUGUCAAGCACCUGGUAAAAGUGGGCGAGGUUGCCAAGGCCUUAGUCCUGGCCAAGUCGUGUGCCGACUGCAGCCACAUCUCCAACCGUACCGCCUUCCGGCAGACAUACCUCUCGCACCUCUGUGCCAUGGUGCCCAGUGAGGAGGCCAUCAGGGAGAUCUCCAGAGUGGAUGGAAAGGAGGUGCUGGACAUCAUCUGUAACCUGGAGACGGAAGGCCAGGAACAAUUGGCUUUCAUUCUGUGCACCACGUACCUGACCCAGCACCUUCAGCAGGAGAGCUUGCACUGUUCCUGGGAGCUCACGCUGCUUUGGAGUAAGCUGCAGAGGCGGAUCGACCCCUCUGUGGAGUCCUUCUUGGAACGUUGCCUACAGCUGGGAGCCAUUGCCAAAACAGUCUGCCAUCUGCUCCUCCUGGUUCGAGUCAUCCAAGCAGAGGCACAGCAGUUUGGCCUGGUGGCCUCGGUGGAGCUGUGUGUCCGGGCACUGCAGCUUCCCAGGCAGGAAGAUGCUGAAACCAAGACCUCGGUCUGUAAAACGGUGGCCUGCUUGCUCCCAGAUGACCUGGAGGUGCGUCGGGCCUGCCAGCUGACAGAGUUCCUUCUGGGCCUUGUACAGGCGGCCUAUGACGCCUUGGAGGAACUCUACCUCCGGCCUGAUCAGAAGUACGAUGAGGAGAAUGGCAUCAUCCCAAACUCACUGCGCUGCGAACUCCUCCUUGCCCUCAAGGCCCACUGGCCUUUUGACCCUGAGUUCUGGGACUGGAAAACAUUAAAGCGCCACUGCAUCCGGCUGCUGGGGAUGGAACCUGAAGAGGACGAGGGUACCGAGGAAGAGGUUUCUCAUGAGCUGGAACAGAAGGAUGCGGUGGUGGAAACAGUGCAGCCUUGCGAGUCACGGGACAGCGAGGACAACGAUGAUGAUGAUGAUGAUGAUGAUGAUAAGGCCUCUGACACACAUAAAGUUGCCCCCAAAAAGAAGGUGGUUGGUACUUCAGAGAGGUAUCAAAGAUGGAAGAAGUACAAGUUUUUUUGCCAGAUAUGCCAGAGGGAGGUGAUCGAGGCCCGGUUCCUCCAUCAUUCGAGGAAGCAUGUGAAGGAUGGUGUCUUCACAUGCCCUGUUUGUCUGCAGAAGUUUCACAGCAGACAGGAGUUUGUUCCACACACGAGUCUGCACACCCAGAUGCCUGCACGACGCUCUCUCCCACAGAAGAAGAAAAAGGUAAAGAAGAAGGCAGACGCGUGGGAAGAGAUGGAUGAGGACGAGAUGGACGACUUGGAGCCAGGCGAGAUCACUCUGGAUCCAUCGCUGCUCAUGUACUACCAGUCCACCCAUGACCCCGAUGUGCUCGAGCACCUGAUGGAUCAGGCUGCCACCAAGCCCCGGAAGCCAGCCGAUGACGAUUACAUCACUUUCGACUACAUCAGCACCCAUUUCCAGCUGCAGGAUCGGGAGGUGUACCCAUGCCCAGCCACUAACUGCAACAAGAAUUUCAAGCAGUUCAAGUACCUGAGUGUGCACAUGAAGGCGGAACAUGACAGCGGGGACGAUAACGUGAAGCACUACCUGGAGAUGAAGGACCGACGGGAGAAGUGCACGUUCUGCCGGCGCCACUUUGUGACCGCCUUCCACCAUCGGAAACACCGUCGGGUGCACUAUGGCGAACACCCAUACAUGUGCGUGGUCAGUGGCUGCGGCGCUCGCUUCGACACCACCAAUGAGCUCAUAGCCCACAAGCAGAGCCACGGCUUCCGCCUGAACUACUGCUGUGAGCUCAAGGGCUGCAGCCUCUCUUUCUGUGACCUGGGGCAGCUCUACCACCACGAGGCGCAACAUUUCAGAGACGCUGCGUACACUUGCACCAGCCCGGGGUGCAAGAAAUUCUAUUACUCUAAAAAGGACUUCCAGAAGCACUUGGCUUCUCAUGGCCUGACGUUCUCGGAGGAAGACUUCAUAGAGCAGAGGAAAAAGAAAGAAAAGCCGCUGGACCCCUUCUCGGAGGACAUCGGUGGUACCAAGAAGCCUGGUGUCUUCCGGUUGGAAGAGCCAGUGAGUGGCGUCAGAAAGGACGUCGCAGAGUUCCCAGCCGGGACCACUUCCUCCUCCCAGCACUUGAGCAGCACGGAGACCAAGGGCACAUUUAUUUGUGUUGCUGUGUGUUUUGAUGGUAAGAAAUUCACUUGUGGCUUUGAGAACUGCGGCAAAAGUUUCACCCAGGCACGAGAGGUCCAAAGGCACCUGAAGACGGUCCAUCCAGCACAGCUGAAAGCAGAGGGGAAAGUGCAGAACAAGCUUAACAGGGAGAAAAGUGCAAAGAUGAAACCUGUUAAAGCAGAACAAACUGGUUGUGAGAAGACCACAGAUGGCCUGUCCAGCUGUGUACCUUCUCAGGUGUCAAAGCAGGAGUUCCUUUCUCCGGCAGUAGACCCUGUUCAUGCUGAUGUACAACCUCAGCCAAGCCUUACAGAUGAUGAUCCCAUUAGGGACAUUCUGCUAGGAUUCAGUCAACUGAGCCUGAAGCCUUCCAGCCGUAGAUCGUCAUUAUCUGAUUCCUGCCAUCCUGUCUCAGGGUCUUCCAUUUCACAGGUGUCUUGCUCCUUGAGCUUGAGUCCCAGCUCUGUGCCCAGAACAACGCGGAAGAAGGCAUUGUCAAAGUCCAGACUCAGCUCAGCCGAACUAGGCACACCCUCAGCGAAGUCCAAACCUCCACAAACACCCCCUGAGCCCGUGGAGUUGCCGCUUCAGGAGGAAGACAUCCAGAUCAGCAACUUCCUUGUCCAGCCUUCCACUAAGCCUUACACCUGUGAGGUCAAAGGCUGCACCUUCAAGAGUGUGACCAGCCAUGCUCUUAUGGGUCACUAUUUGAGGAAGCACAGCUUCUCUAAGGAGAGAGUGAAAGGGAUGGAGGUCUUCAGAACAAGCAAGUUCAAACCCUUUAAGUGCCACUUAUGUCCCAAGGGUUACAGACAGAAGUCGGAGCUAAGGGUCCACUUCAUUCAGAUGCACAACAUUAGCGAAGCUGUGGUGGAGCAGAUGAGCUGCUCUGUCAGGAGGAGGGAGGAGAGCAAAGCUCUGGAACUCCUCGGACCCAAGACCAGCCUUAAGCAGAACGUUCAACCCCAAAAAAAGCCAUUGCUGAAAGUGUGGUCGAAGGAUUCACCGGCCUGGCAGCAAAAAUACCUGAAGCAAGAGGAUGCUUGGCAGUGUAGCCCCGAUCGUGAAAAUGGAGUGGUGAAGUUUGAUAAGAACAAGACAGCCAGUGGAAAAACGGAGUCCCUUCCAAAUUUGCAAGAUGCUGAAGAGGAAGAGGAGGAAGCCUCUCGCGAAGGAAGAGGCAGUCGACGCCUCAUGGCAAAGGGCAACCUCUGCUACAUUUUAACCAACUAUCACAAACCCUUCCACUGCGUCCACAAGGACUGCAACUCCGCCUUCACCAAUCCGAGUGGACUGGUGCGCCACCUGCAGUCUGUGCACCGCUAUAACCGCUCUCAGCUGUGCCUGGAAGAGGACAUGGAUUUACGUCAGAGCAACGGGGUCAAGAAGGAUGGGGUGAGACCUCCCCGGCUCACCUGUAAGCACAAGGGGUGUGCGAAGACGUUCCACAGCUCUUCAGCCCUGCUGCGCCACCACCGGCAGCAGCACACUCCGGACAGGAGAGCCCUGGCUCCCGCAAAGGAGUCCAAACCUGCUGGCGCCCCCAGCGUCCCGGAAUCGACCCCGCUCUCCGAGGAGCCCAUACCACAGUUCAGGUGCUCGUAUUCUGGAUGCAAUGCCAAGUACCACCUAUACAGCAGCUUGCUUCGCCACAUGAAUUACACUCAUCGUAAUCAGAGCCCCCAGAAGGUCCUUUCGCAGCAAGUGCACUGCAAGUUCGAGGGCUGCACGCGUGUGUUUUCGCAGAACUCUAGCUACAAAAAGCACGUGUUCUAUCGACACUGCGACUACUACGACACGCUGGUGCUCCACCUGCAGAACGCCCACAAAAAGGACAAGCCUGGGAGUGGGUGUCAGAAGAAACUGAUAGUCAGCGCCACACCCAAGCUACCUCUCCGGCAUUCUCUGAGACACUGUCCCAAGUCUCAAGGGGCCUUGAAGAACGAGGAGGGAGCUGAGAAUGGCGAAGAUGAGUCGGAGCUUGCUAAAGAAUCCUGCCGGAGCAAGAAAGCCGCUCUGGAGCUGGUCUUCCGCACGCAUGAAGAGGCCUUGCAGAUGUGCCAAGACCGCUGCCUGCCCGUGGCCUACCCCUGCAUGGUGCAGGACUGCGACUCUGUGCUCACGGUGGAGAGGAGCAUGCGACGUCACUACCUGACAUGCCACAAGAUGAGCCCAGGCACGUUUGCGGCAAACCUGCGAAAGCUGGUCAACAACGCUGAGCAGCUCGAGGAGCUGAUCCAGAAGAAGUCAGCCGUGUCCGCCAGAGCUGACGUGGAUCGGGCCGCGAAUGGCGUGCUCAAAGUGGAAUACCAAGCGGAGCCUGAGAAGCCUGGCGGCCCAUCGAUACCUAUGAGCCUGCACUCUAUUAAAACAAAUCCCCUGGAUGGGCAGGAUCCUCUGGGUUUUAGCGAAGAGGUGCCGCCAGAGAGUAACGUUCUGGUGGGUGCAGACGACUUGCUCUAUGGAGAGCCCAGCGGGCACACAAAAGAGCUCCCGGCCCAGAGCGGCCACGCUAGGGACAAGUCUGGGCAGCUGUCCCCCACACCCCCUUUAGUGCCUCCUCCUCCUUUGGACCUCUCUCCACCAUCUUCUCUUCGCUUCACCGUUGAUGAGGGCUUUAUGGACUGCUCCGUGCGGGAGGCAGCAGUCAAAGCGGCGUACGUCCCCGCAUCUCUAGCAAACCCCUCCCCAUUCGUGGCCACACUGACACGCCAGCCGCUCAAGCGCAAGAACGAGCUCUCGGACCCGCUCACUUCACCCACAUCGGCUCCCCUGGAUGUUCAGCCGCUAAGCUCCUCCCCACGCACUUUUGAUCUGGCAGCCUAUAAGCCAAUGGGCUUUGAGUCGUCCUUCCUCAAGUUCAUCCAGGAGAGCAAGGACAAGGAGGAAGAAUUUGAAGAGGGCACCCCCUGGGGGUCCCCCCAUCGCCUCGAACCGGCCGUGAUGACACUGCGCCGCAGGGACUCUCACCGCCGGAACUCUGUCAAGGAGAACAGCCAGCGGGGACUCGGCAUCACGCGUGGCCGUAGGGUGCGAUCCCUGCCGCUGAAGCCCCUGCUCUCGCCGGGGGAGUCGGCCUCCGUGAAGAACCUGCGCUCCAUUCUGGACCGGGCCCUCACGGGCUGCGGAGACCUGGCCAUUAAGCAGCUGCAGUACCUCAGGCCAGUGGUGGUGCUUGAGAGGUCCAAGUUCUCCACCUCCUUGCUUGAUCUCUUUCCUACAAAAAAGGCUGAAAAGCUCCUCCUGGGAAGCUCCUAGAUUGAGAGACGCUCUGAGAUACAGCCUACGGACAAAGUCCUCCCUGUCAGAAUGAGACUCAGUUCUUUUCUAUUAAUAUCAUGUCCUCUUAUCACUACUACGGUUACUAUUAUUGCUCUUAAGUUUUAUAAGUUGCCAAACAAGUUGCUCAAGUACCUUAACCGAAUUAUGACAGGUAUACGUUUGUAUGCGUAUUAAUAAGAAAAGAUCUACUAACAGUUUUUUUGGAAACCUAAAGACCAGUGCUAUCCAAUACAUUUCAUUGGUAUUAAACGGACAUUUAUGUUAUCCUGUCAUCUUUUCCCACAAUCUGAGCUUGUAUUACAGCUGCACACCUCCUCCAUUAUGUAUCGUGCCAGUCGCCGAAUCGCAUUGUGCUGUACAGAUAGGUAGGGAAGAGCACCUUCAGCGUCAUGAAAAGCUAGUGGCCUUUAGUUAAACCAACAUGACUUUGUACUUUUGCCGAGUGCUCGUUUUGGGGUUUCUGCCCAAAAGAUCCACAUUAAACGGUUAAUGUGGAUUCGUCACUAGUCGGAUGUCCCCCGUUUACCUUUUUUUUUUUUUUUUUUUUUUUUUUUUUUUUUUUUUGGAAGCAUUGUGUCUUCCGCCGUUUACGGUAUAGCGUUUGAUUUUUCACGAGUAUUUUGCAUUCCUGCAUCUCAAUGCCAGUCAAGGUCUUCCGCCGGGACCCGAAACGCAUGGAUACGAGGCGCCGGAUUGUCAGUCAGCGAUGGACGAGCUGCUCCUGCUACAGUGGUGCUUCACGGCCUUCGGGAAACAGCUGUUAGUGGACCUGAUGAUUUGUUCGAAAGAAUGUGGGGGGACCACGUGGUUCUGUCCUGUUUUCCUUUCUUUUCACAGUUGAUUCCAAUAAACAAGUGAGUGAUAUGGUGCUAAACUUAUGCUAUUUUGCAUGGUUACACAUUUUCUAAAUAAGUGGGGCUUUUUAAUGGGGGUGUUGGAGUGUUUAGUUCCACGUGGAUUUGUGUGGAGUACUUUGCUCAUCACAGAUGAAAUUCUACUGUUUGCUGUCAUAACCCAAUUAUGAUAAUACUGGAUCAUGUUUUAGACAGUAAGCUCGAAAUUCUUUUAGAAACUUGACUACUGUUGCUGUCCAGUACAUUUUGGCAGUGUUAGUAAAUGUACGGUUUUGUUUUGCCUCUCCUCCCUAUCAGCUUGCAUUAAAGUUCACUUUUAUAUUUGCCUAGA